UUGCAAUGAACCACAAUGGAGAAGAAGUAGGAAAUCUUACGUACUCUGGAUUGUAAUUUGAAUAUAGCUUUAAGAUUUAUGAUUAACGUAUUAAACUCGCAGUUAUAAAAAAUUGGUGUUUAAACGCGUUGUUGUAGUCUGACAAGCUAGUUGUCAGAUACUGCCGCUUUCCAAUGUUUUGAACAAGGAAAUAAUCUCAGGCUAACGUUAUGUAGCUAAUCUCAUUUAUUUGUCGGAAACUCGGCUAUCAUUUCAGUGUUACAAGUCCCACAAACAGGUAUGACCGAAUACAAGCUGGUGGUCGUCGGAGCUGGAGGUGUGGGGAAGAGUGCCCUCACCAUCCAGCUCAUCCAGAACCACUUCGUGGACGAGUACGAUCCCACCAUCGAGGACUCGUACAGAAAACAGGUGGUGAUCGAUGGAGAGACGUGCCUGCUGGACAUCCUGGACACUGCAGGUCAGGAGGAGUACAGCGCCAUGAGGGACCAGUAUAUGAGGACAGGGGAGGGCUUCCUCUGUGUGUUUGCUAUCAACAACACCAAAUCGUUUGAGGACGUUCACCUUUACAGAGAGCAGAUCAACAGGGUGAAAGACAGCGACAACGUCCCCAUGGUGCUGGUGGGCAACAAGAGCGACCUGAGCACUCGCACGGUGGAGACCCGGCAGGCGCAGGAGCUGGCACGAAGCUAUGGGGUGCCGUUUGUCGAGACUUCUGCCAAAACCAGACAGGGCGUAGAGGAAGCGUUCUACUCUCUAGUGCGGGAGAUUAGGAGAUAUAAAGAGACCAACCGGAGCAACAAGAAGAGCAAGAAGAACAAUCAGAGACGUUGCAUCAUACUAUAGCACACACACACACACACACAUAAUGACACGGCAUCCCUGAGAGCAUUUGUUUUACUACUCUGAAGAUGUCCAGUUGCUCUGGACAUUGUGGCAAAUGUGGCAAAACCCCUUUCUUUUUUUUCUUUUCUUUUAAAUGAACGAUGGUUCUUUACAUUUAUUCAUCCACUUUGCACUUUGCAGGGUCAGGCCAGGUGAUGAGCUCAGUCCAAAUUCCCCUAGAUUUUAUUGGGUCUUAAUCCUCCACACAAGUUCAGUGUUUCUGUUUGUAAUAGAACAAAUUUCCUGUAGAGACAUUUCGUCUUCAGGUAAAAAGUUCACUUUUCUAAACAUUAGAUGUCCUUUUAAUGAAACACAGCAGCAUUAUGUUUGUCCUUACAAACACUGACCGAAAAUUAGUUUAGUUUAAGAUUUUUUUUUGUAUAACAAAGCCUAAAAGAACUGCGGUCCAGAUUCACGCUCAUCUUUUCUGUAUUCAUGAAAGAGUUUACGGUUACUUAGUGCCACUUUAAAAGUUUAACUCAGGAAUUUUUAUCAGGCACUGACUAACCACAAAGCUUCACUUGACGUUUAAUACGUCACCGCUUUUGUUUUCUUGUGGUCUCAGAUUCUCACGUUUUAUUUAACAUUCUGCUUUUAAUGCAGAUCUCACUCAGUGUUGGUGGUUGUUGCAGUAAUAAUUCAUUGUGUCCACAUUGUUACGCCACUAUUUCACAUUAGUUUGUUGUAUUACCUAUUUAACACAACCAUUGGACGUGAUGCUGGACGGUUUGGGAAACUUUUUAGAACACGAAUCAUUCUAAACAUAAUGGAUUGUUAGUUUUCUAUUUUUGUAGAAACACUGCAAGCAUUUUCCAGUGUAAAAACAAGCAUCUGUAAUAAUAAAAGGCUGUAUGCACACUUAAUAAAAACAUGUCUUGUGUUCA